AUGCACGACAUACCGUACGUGAAGCCUCCGAUUGGACCAGAAAUCGUAUCCUCCAUGACAAUGGCUUGUCAAACGGUUUCUGAGUCACUCGGUUCACAACGAGAAGAGAUGCUUCUUGGUGUGCAGAUUUUGGCUGGAGGAAACAAGGAAGCCCUCGCUGUGGCCCACUGUACAGGAUUCGAUUUGAUCCGCGCGGAGUGUUUUGUGUUCUCUCAUGUAGCCGAUGAGGGCUGGAUGGACGGCUGUGCUGGUGAACUACUCCGAUAUAGGCGUGCAAUCGGAGCCGACUCCAUUGCUGUCGUGACUGAUGUGAAGAAAAAGCACUCAUCUCAUGCUGUUACAUCCGAUCUUUCUAUCGCUGAUGUCGCCGAAGCGGCGCAGUUCUUCCUCGCAGAUGGUGUUAUCGUGACAGGACGCUGCACAGGACAAGCUGCCGAUACCGCAGAUCUUGAAGGUAAGAUGUUAGCUUCCUGCCGAUGCUAA